UGUUUGGACAAAAACAUUUGGAGCCAAUGCAGGGAGAGUACCCAGAAAGGCAUACAGAGAGGCCAGUAUAUAUUGAGCUGCCUGCAGUCGUUUUGGUUUCUUUCACGGCAGUACAAGGUGUGCCACUGUGUGCUGUCACUGACCUCAGACAUGGCACGUCUGGCCCUCACCGUCCUCCUCCUUCUUUGCUUCUCCUUGCUCCACUUCAGCUCCAGCGGUCCAUCUCGCACCAGGAAGGCUGUGUCAACCCGUCAGUCUGGAGAUGCAGCUGCAGAAGAAGAUGACGUGAAGUCCCAGCUUGAGAGGUUGUGGCUGGAGGUGAACUCACUGAAGGAGAUGCAGGCGUUGCAGACAGUCUGUCUCCGUGGCAUCAAAGCUGACAGGAAGUGUUAUCUCACAAUUGAGGAAACAAAACAUUACCAUGAAGCAAAUGAAGACUGCAUUGCACAAGGAGGAACUCUUGCAACGCCACGGGACGUGAUGGAAAACAAUGAACUAAGAGACUAUGCAAAGAGGAGCGCUCCUGGAUCCAAGGACUUCUGGAUCGGUGUCGUAGACAUAGUGAAAGAAGGCCAGUAUGUUGAUGUCAACAGCCUGCCAGUCAGCUACUUUAACUGGGACCGCUCCAAGAAGCAGCCCACAGGAACGAAGAGGGAGAGCUGUGUUGCUCUUUCCGUAGUUGCACAAGGAAAGUGGUACGAUGAGGUGUGUCGCAACCUCAAAAAAUACAUCUGUGAAUAUGUUAUUCCCUAAAGGCGACAAAUAGGUUGUUGACAACUCGAUGAUCAUUUAUGCAGGUCAUUCAUUAAAAAUGUGUUGUCAAAUCUGUGCUAGUUCAUAAUGGAAACAUGACUUGUAUCAUGACAUUCAUUUUAUUCAAAUAAGUCUCUAUGGUUAUUAACUAGGUUGCUAAUUAGCUUUAGUACACAAGUAACUGUUAUCAUUAAAUAAUCAGGUGAAAGGUGAUUUAUGUUUGAGAACAGAUCAGUCUACUUCAUAAUGACUUAAAUCCUCAGGAGAUGAUCAAACCGCACAGGAAUA